AAUACCAAACAUAAACUUUUUAACGCCCUGUAUCAAAACCAGCAGACAAUCGAAUCUCUCUCUCCCAGGCUCGUUCAGUCAGUCUGCUUUGCUCUCCCUCCGCUCCGACAUGCGAAGCCAUCUGAAGCCUAUCGAUCCAAUCAAUCAUUCAUAGCGACCAGUCGCCUCUUUUCUUCAGCUUCUUCUUCAGUUCUGCUCCCAGCCAUUAAUUGCUCAAUUCGGAAGCAGGCUUGGAUCUGUGGCGUCCUCUUGAUUCGAAGGGUCGAUUGGAUUGAUCCUGAAGUUACGGUUUUAGUCCGACGAUGUCAAUGAAUAUGCGGUGAUAAGCUGUGGAGCAGGCGCCACUUUGAUUGGAUUUGAAGAUAAACCAGCUCACCAGUCUCCCCCCUCAAGGGCCAUGGAUCCUCGGAGCGAUGCUGAUGCUAGUCCGGUGUCAAGUCUUUUUGCUGCAUUCUCAUAUGGAAUUGCUUCGAUGGCCAUGGUCUUCAUCAACAAGGCCGUCCUUAUGCAGUACUCGCAUUCGAUGACCCUUCUUACUGUACAGCAAUUAGUGACAGCAUUGCUCAUUCAUCUCGGUCGAGUGAUGGGGUACACAAAAGCCAAACGCCUAAACAUGGAGACUGCAAAAAAGCUCUUUUUGGUCUCACUUUUCUACAACGCAAACGUUGCAUUUGCUUUGGCAAGCUUGAAAGGUGUUAACAUCCCGAUGUAUAUUGCAAUAAAGAGACUCACACCACUUGCUGUACUGAUAGCAGGGUUUUUUCGGGGAAAAGGGAGACCUUCAACGCAGGUCACUCUCUCUGUAGUUUUGAUUGCGGCGGGGGUUCUUAUAGCAGCUUUGGGAGAUUUUUCUUUUGACCUCUAUGGAUAUACCAUGGCUUUCACUUCCGUGUUUUUCCAGACAAUGUACCUUGUCUUAGUGGAGAGGUCUGGUGCAGAAGAUGGGCUUUCAUCCAUCGAGAUCAUGUUUUACAACAGCUUUCUUUCUCUUCCUUUUUUGCUAUUUCUUAUCAUCGCUACGGGGGAAUUUCCAAAUUCUCUGGCGCUGUUAAUUGCAAAGAGCAAUUCUCUCUCCUUUUUGGUGAUUCUUGUUCUUUCACUGGUGAUGGGCAUCGUUCUGAACUACACCAUGUUCUUGUGUACCAUAGUCAACUCUGCUCUAACAACUACCAUUGUUGGAGUCCUGAAAGGCGUCGGUUCCACAACGCUUGGGUUUUUCGUACUGGGUGGGGUAAAAGUGCAUGGUUUGAAUGUGACGGGAUUAGUUAUCAACACGGCUGGGGGCAUAUGGUAUUCCUAUGCAAAGUAUCAGCAGAAGAUGCACAAGUCCUCGAAGCUGGCGUCCGAUCCCGAAGCACAUCGGAAAUAAGACUGGUCCAUUGCCAGUUUCUUCUUUCUCGGUAAAUUUUCCCCCAUAUGAUGACCGAUGUCGUCAAAGGAACAUCAAUAGUACAAAAAGAAAACCCAGAAAUCCUACUGUCCAACAGGACAGCUGCAAUGUACUUUAGUUUCAGGGUUGCAUACUUUUCCCUUGACGAGUAAGAAGGAAAUUUGCAUGAUUCCUAUACUGUCUGAUUAUGUCGUGAAGAGUUAGUUCAUCACUUCAUUAAAAAUGUGAGGAGAUUGAGCAAAA